GAACCUUAUUUAAAACUCAAUGCACCUCUUGUGGAGUUGUGGCUGAGAAUUACAAGAGUCCAAUUUGUCCAGCUUUAUCAGGAAAAGGUGCUCCAGAAUCCGGAACUCAAGAUGCCAGAAUCCCAGUUGACAAACUGCCCCGGUGUGAGGAGGCAGGGUGUGGGGGCUUGCUUCGACCUCAUGUGGUAUGGUUUGGAGAAAACCUGGAUCCUGCCAUUCUGGAGGAGGUGGACAGAGAGCUCGCCCUUUGUGACUUAUGUCUAGUGGUGGGAACUUCUUCUGUGGUCUACCCAGCUGCCAUGUUUGCCCCCCAGGUGGCUGCCAGGGGAGUGCCAGUGGCUGAGUUUAACAUGGAGACCACCCUGGCCACGAACAGAUUCAGGUUCCAUUUCCAGGGACCCUGUGGGAUAACUCUUCCUGAAGCCCUUGCUCGUCAUGAGAAUGAAACUGUUUCUUAAGAGCCCUGUGGAAGGAAGCAAUUAUAGCAUAUCAAAGAACUAGCCACAAACAGAUGAAAUAAAUGGUCUUGUGGAAGAUCUAAAAAUAGCCUUGGAUUCCCUAGUGGGAAUCCAACCUGUUGAUAAGAGAUUGGGUUUAGAAGUAACAAUGGCAAAUGCAUUUACUUGGAGAAAGCUAGAAAACUGCAAAGUUAAUGCAUUUGGUUUGAACUGAAAUAUAAGUGUCUUAUGUUUGAUGUGUUUGGUCAGUUACUGGGAGGGAAAAUUUGUAAUUAGAUUGUCUUAAAAAAAGAAAAAGGUAAUGAUCCUGACAUAGUUCUACGCUUUGGGCAAAGGUAAGAAUAGAGGAGCAAAACCCUGGUAUUUUUUGUUUUGUUGGAAAAUAAAAUCAUCCUCUACAGUGGUAAUUUAUCACAUAAGCAUGGUACCCUGAGAGUGUGCUUGUUGGGAACUUUUCUUCUUUUCAGUGCUUACCUUACUUGACUGCCUUGCCUCAAAGAACAUGGGAUGACUUACCAACAAGAAAGCAAAGUAACCACCAGAUAGAAAAUCAGGAUGAGAAAAGAGAACAGUGCAGACGUAUGGAUCGCCCAAGGAUGAACACGGCUGCCUAAAAGUUAGCUCUGGCUGUCUUGGCAGCCAGGGGGAAAGGAAGAAGUGAUGGCUGUUUCUCAAGGUAAUAAAUGAAGAAGCACGUGGUCAUAAAUGAAGAAGCACACAGUCCCUGUGGGGUCUGCCAUGCUUCCCCAGACACUAACGUCUGAAGGGAGUUUUCCCAUUGAGUUUAAAAAUUGAUGCACUUUUUACUUUGGAAUGAAGUAGUGAUAAAACGGAUCUUUCUUCAAACCCCACCAGCUAAUGCAGCCCUUGGCAUGCCUGCUGUGUGGCUGGGAGGAGUGGCCAUUAGUGAAAGUGUGAAGAUCACACAAAGCACUGUCCCUUGGCUGAGGUGAAGGGCUGUUUCACCUCAACCCUUGCAGAAUUGCACUUACUGUUACACUCUUGGCUUUUUUUUUCUUUAAUUCAUAUGUGCAUACAAUGUUUGGGUCAUUUCUCCUCCCUUUCCCCCCCUCCUCCCU